AUGCACUCUAUAAGGAUUGAAGUCCCUGAAAUUGCUUCAACAAAGGAUGGUGAACGAACAAAUAUCAGAGCGCAAGGCUCUGAUAUACACAGCAAUACAAUCCUAGCCAAUCUUGGUCUGACUGAUGCUACAGCACCCCACUCCGAGAAGCUACCUCGUAAGAACCUAUUCAGAAAAAUAUAUAAAAGCAUAUCGCUUAACGAAUCCGAGAACCCGAUAGAGCCCUCCUCCACUCUGAGGCACCACCAAAAACUCGGCGGACACUUGCACUUUCCUCUAGGAAAUGGAAGAAGAAGGACAUCUCUAUAUGGCGACGUUAUAAAUUGUAAGACUGGCGCACAACAAAUAGUAUGUACCAAUGAUCUAUCUAAGGGACACCUUCUCACAGCCAUUCUCAAAUCGCCGUCAACAGUUCAUUCAGAGCAAGGACAGGUACAUGCGGCAGCCAACCCACAUGUACAGUGGGGCGACGACGUUGUAGGAAGCACGUGGUCAGCAGAUGAGUAUAACCGCAGGGACAAGCGCGCAAAGAUUGACAACCAGCGAUUUAAUAAGUUGCAGCUCGACAUGUAUACAUACAAAACGAAGGAGAUGGUCGUUCACCCAGACAGCAAGGGUAACACAUCCCUAUCGUUCUAUUCCAGAGCUGUGGUCAAUUGUUGACGACAGGUUAAAUUUAUUUAAUUAGCCAUAGCCUCUCAAAUCGAUACGAACAGAAACAUAUCAAUGCAGUUGUGAGAAUACAGGUUCGAUACUCGGACUCACAAGCGACUAAACAACUGGUCAUAUAUGGAGGGCGGGUGGACGUAAGUUUCUUCUAGCGGAUCGAGGACACACAAAACUCACGAGCCACAUCGAUAGCAUAACAACAGCUGAUUACGUGUAUAAGAGUAACAAG